AUGUCUUCCGAACUAGAUUUACUCAGACAAGAGAAUGCUAAGCUUGUGGCCGAGAAUGCUGAGCUUAAGCAUGAAAAUUCAAAACUAAAACAGAUUAUAGAAGACAAUGCUGAGUUUAAGGCCAAAAUCAUGAAAUUGGAACAAACUGUUGAUAAAAUUGAGAAACAGAAUCAAACUAUUACUGAUAUCUCGCAGUCUCCAGUUUGUUCACCAUUGCCAGCAACAUCCCAAUUAUCUUCCCCGCCACCUAUCGAGGACCACUCUGAUAAGGAAUAUAGCGUCACUGGAAACCAAGCCCAAGACUUAUCACAAUUUCAUGAAAUUACAUCCAGAGAUAUGGAGCCAGGACCCCAAGUUAAUCAUAAUACAAAAAUUGUUCCCUCGGAGAACGAUCAAAGUCAUGUGAUUUUAACUGAGUCAUCUUCAUUGCAAACUGAAGUGUCUGAAUUAGAGCAGAAUGAUGAAAUUGAUAAAAACCAAAUCAUUGAACAAGGUUUAAUAGAAGAAUUACAUUUACCUACUAAAGAAACUGACAGCUUUAUCAAAAUUAGUGAUUCCGGUGACAAAUUAGAGAAUAUGUCUUUGAAAGAAUCAAUGAUUGUUUCCUUUAGAAAUUCUGCUCAACAUUUGUCUUAUUUAUUUAAAACAGCAAUCAAAUCAAGACAACAGAAAAUCUUAAACUGGUAUUAUUAUUCUCUUGAAUUUUAA